GCCGAGAGGCGAACGCCAUCAGUUCACCACCGCACCCACCGCGACCCGAUCGAUCGAACCAGUAGGCGUACCGCGUACGUACGUCGUACACACCGCGCGCGCGCACGCCACGCCGCGGUUACGUUCCACCGCGCGUACGUAGCCGCCACACACCGCGACGUGCAUGGCUUUCACGGUGAAGGCGUCGUCGCCGUCGUCGCCAGCUACGACGCGCCUCACGGGUGCGUUGCACGGCGGCGCGGCGCGGGUCGCGGCGCGGAAGCUCCCGGCGGCGGCGGUGGCGGCGUCGCUGACGCUCGAUCGGGCGCCGGCGCCGGCCGGCGCCGAGCGCGGGAUGUCGUCGUCGGUGUCGCGGACCAUGUCGAGGCUAAGGGAGAAGGGGAAGGCGGCGUUCAUCCCGUACAUCACCGCCGGCGACCCGGACAUGGGGACGACGGCGGAGGCGCUGCGGGUGCUCGACGCCUGCGGCGCCGACGUCAUCGAGCUCGGCGUGCCCUUCUCCGACCCCUACACCGACGGCCCCGUCAUCCAGGCCUCCGCCGCGCGGGCGCUCGCCGCCGGCGCCACGAUGGACGGGGUCAUGUCGAUGCUCGCGGAGGUGACGCCGGAGCUUUCCUGCCCGGUGGUGCUCUUCUCUUACUUCGGCCCCAUCGUCCGGCGAGGUCCGGCCAACUUCACCGCCGCAGCCAAAGAAGCCGGCGUACAAGGUCUUAUAGUACCAGAUCUUCCUUACGUAGAGACAUCCACUUUCAGGAGUGAAGCCAUCAAGAACAACCUAGAGCUGGUGCUGCUUACUACACCAGCUACACCGGCAGACAGGAUGAAGGCAAUCACAGCGGCUUCAGGAGGAUUUGUUUAUCUGGUUAGUGUCAAUGGGGUUACAGGAUCUAUCCAAAACGUAAAUCCGCGUGUUGAGCAUCUCCUUCAGGAGAUUAAGCAGGUCACUGACAAAGCUGUGUGUGUUGGCUUUGGCAUAUCAACCCCUGAUCAUGUUAGACAGAUAGCAGAUUGGGGUGCAGAUGGAGUGAUCAUUGGCAGCGCAAUGGUGAGGCAGUUGGGUGAAGCAGCUUCUCCCAAACAAGGGCUCAAAAGGCUGGAGAAGUAUGCUAGGAGCCUCAAGGAUGCACUACCAUAGAAGUUAUUAUAGAAACCAGGCACCAGCUGCUAAAAAAUUACACGUGAGAUUAAUUAAUUAAUCUCUCGGUGAUCACUACAUUCAGAUAGGGAAGCUGAAUCUGCCUUUCUUAUAGUAGCUGAGUAAAUGGACACAGAUAGUAGCAAUAUAACCUGUUAUAAGUCAUAAUGUGUAGCCACCUUAGGGAAUGCAAAAUACCUCGUCAUUGCAGAGGUUAUAUGUUAAUUCUUCUAUUGUAUGAAUGAAAUAAAAGUAAAUUAUGUUGACGGUACAA